AUGCCAGCUCUCGCCGGAGUCACCUCCGCUAGCAUCACACCCAUCAGCAGCACCGGCCAGUUAGAGAGCGCAUGGGCGAACAACCUUGCCUCUAGAGGAUGCGUGAUGGAGCAUGGAGGAGCGGAUGGGCUUGGGCAGAACCUGUACUGGAAGGGCCCUGUGCAGCUGAGCAGUGAGGAGGACCGGGCGGCCGUGCAGUCGUGGGUGGCGGAGCAGGCGGACUGGUCAUACAGCCCCGUGCCGCAGGGGUGUGCUGCUGGCAAGCAGUGCUUGCACUACACGCAGGUGGUGUGGCGGGAUACCACACACGUGGGGUGCGGUGCUGCCCAGUGUGCGGAUGGGGGGUGCAUGUGGGUGUGCGACUACUCGCCGGCAGGCAAUGUGCUUGGGUCCACUCCUUUCUAG